AGGUUCUCAGCCAAUUAGAGUGGGAUAUGUCCUACCACAUAUCAGUGUUAAAGGAAAAGAGAGUUCUGCCUCUGGCGUUGAAAACGAGCCUCUGCUGCCCACAGACAGAAAUAAGUUAGGAAAGGGAAAAGAGCAGUGUUCUCUAUUGCGAGGGAGUGUUAUGGGGCGAGUGAUUAAUUACGUUGGAGUGAAAUACUUGUCCACCGCUUUGUGUAUCCAAUAAAUUAAGGGCUCCUGAGAGUUUUACGCACACAGGUGAAGUGUUGGAUGCGCAUACAGGGACUGCUGCGCACCUUUCUGCAGACGCACCACUUUAUAAGGAUAAACUGGACGUCGACCGGGACUGCUCUAGAGUGAAGAGCAAAUUCUCUGCCCUAUCGAAGCCCUCUUUGGAUUGCCUUCAUGUCGUUUUUCAAGACAGCGCCUUUGAGAAAUACCAGAGGACUAUAAGUGCACCCUGAUGGUUGGAAGACAGACGCUCCGAAUGGACAGCGGUACUUGCUCCGGGGUGGUGGUGGAUGAUAGCCCUGCAUCUAGUCCCAGCUCCAGCCCCAGUCCGGACGGUCGUCGUCGAGAACUCCAGCGGGCCAGGGUUCUCCAGACCGGCGGGCUCGGUGGGCUCGGCGGGCUCGGCGGCAGAGGACGCCCGGCAGCAGCUAACGCAGCACGGGAGAGGAGCCGAGUGCAAACCCUGAGAAACGCGUUCCUGGAGCUACAAAGGACUUUGCCGUCAGUGCCGCCGGACACCAAGCUGUCCAAACUCGACGUGUUGAUACUGGCCACCACCUAUAUUGCCCAUUUGACUCGAACACUACAAGAGGAAGGCACGGAGGAGGGAGAGAGCACAAAACAAACAGAGGCAUUACACUCUUUGAAAGGUGAAGGCUACCUGCACCCAGUGAAGAAAUGGCCAAUGCGAUCCAGACUGUACGUCGGGGCAAGUGGACAGUUCCUGAACACCACAGCUGCUUCAGAGUCAGAGAACCAAGGCCCAUCAUCGUCCUCCUCCCAGUAAUAGGCUUACAUAAUUUGUAUGAAACAAUUUCAUAUUUGCAUGAGUUCAUGCUGUUUACUUUGGCAGCAGCAUAUGUCUUAUGAUUGUAGAACAAUUAGCCUUCCUGAUUUCACUUCCAAUAAGACCUACCGAUAGGAAGACAUUGUAAAUUAAUAUAUUGUGUGAAUUAUAUUGUACAAAUUUUGAGAAAGCAUACAUUAUGUUUCUGUUGUUAUUUUGGCUAAUCCUGUUUGCCCUGCGUUGUGCAGUUCCAUACAUGUCCCAGGUAUGAUAUUUGUAGAGAUUCCAUGGGGUAACGAGCCCGUCAUGCUUGAGGUGUGCACUUUGAGUUGAAACAUUUGCACUAAAUGCAUGUGUGAAUAACUUAACAUCUGUCAUGUGAAGUGGUCUGUCAGAGAGUCAACAAUAGAGGCUCUUCAUCUCAUGUUCCUUCUUAUUUUUACAUGCAUGGUUGUAAAUGUGUUUGUGAAUAAAUGACUUCAGUGAAAGAA